UGUGUUUGGUCGUGUAAAGUGCAUAGAAAACGAAAUUAAUUCAUAAAAUUAUCCGGAAGCAGUUAUAAAUAUUUAAACAAGCUUUUUUGUUUUUCUUGUGCAUUUGGGUUAAUUUUGAUAUAAAGUUAAAACCUAAGUACUGAAGUUGAAUUGUAAUACCAAAAAAAAGUGGACUAAACAGCAACGAUAAUUUAGAAUGGUGAGAAUAUCCAAGCAAGGUAUACCAGCGGAAAGGCAAAGAGACCAAAAACGCAUAUAAAAAAACAAAGCAAAAAGGAAAGGGACUUUUCAGGCGUCGUCGUCGUCGUUUUCUUGGUAUACAGAUUUGUAUUGCAAGCGGUACAACAACUUUGAAUACAUUACAAACAUUUUGGAUUUGAAAAUUUUUAUUACACUGAUACAUAUAAUACAGAAGUAAAUUGAAUUGUGCACAAGCUUUCCCACAAUCUAAAUUAAAAAUUUCACAAUGACCAACAUGGAGAAGCAACAUGAAAUGGUAAAACGCAGUCUGGUGCAAUUCAUUAGUGCCCACAUUCCAGGUGCAGAUUUUAGUGUAGUGGACGAAAUAGUUUUGCAGUAUAUUAUUUCCAUUUUGGAGGAAGCUUCACAAGAUCCAUGUUUCGAUGUUGAAGAUUUCGUCGAAAUGAUGGGCGCUUAUUUUGCCGAGUUUUCCUCAAUUGACCAGGGUAUUAUUUGCGAAUGGAUAUAUAAAUUGGCAAAUGAAUUGAACGAAAUGGAAAAGAAUCAAGGAAAUCAAAGUUCUACAAAUUUAUCCUUGAAUUCUUUGAGUCUUUCUGAUAUUAUACCCGAAUCAAAGUUACGUGCACGUAAUGCUUCCAUUUCUGAAAAGGAUGAACACGCCAUAAAUGGCAGCUGCGCAGGUGGGGCCGGGCCCAAGCGCGCACAGCAUUUAUCAGAAACUAGUGAUGGUGGUUCUACUGAUAGCUCAACUUGCGAUUAUUAUUUGGAUGAAGCCGAGGUUUUGCAAGAAAUGUUUCCAGACACAGCCUAUGUAGAGGUAAAACAUUGCAUUGCUAUAGCUAAAGGGGAUAUUGACAGCGCAACACAAAUUCUAUUGCACCGCCAAGAGACUGGCCAAAGUUUGACCGACAAAUCCAUUACAAUUACUGGACGUAAAAAUAUUGUUGUAGAUGAUGCCGAACUAAAAAAUCGUAUUAUUGAGAGAUACUCAUACGUUGAUAAAAAUGCAACUCAGCGUGAAUACAAGCCAAUGGUACCGAAAUUCGAACCAAAGAAAUUGGUUCGCUAUAGAGAUAACAAGAUUGUUUCAUUGAAAGGCGAACGUUAUACAGAAGUUAAGCGCGACGAGGAAGCUGAGUUAAAAAAACCCAAAAAGCAACUUCAACCGUAACUAAAGUUGUUGAAAUCCUGCUAUAAAUAUUUUAUAAAAAAGUUAAAACUGCUAAAACAAGAACAAAAGCAACCACUUGACGAAUAUAACAAGCAACCGCUUCAACAUUUAAAUCACCAUUUGAUAUUUAAAAAUUUGAAACAAAUUAUCACUACUAUAUCACUGAUAAUUGCACAUAAAAACGAACCCACACUACCAAUAACACUCAAACAAUUGCAUACGCUAAAAGGAACUAAACUAUUGGUUGAGAUACUUGAAAUCUCAACGACGAUUCAUGAAAACCAACAAGUUACAAAUUUUGCUGUUACAGCAACAAUUCUAAUAUUGAAGUCAUUAAUCUGCAAAAUUACAUUGCUCCCUAAGCGAUUUGUAAUUUUCAAAGCGCUCGAAUACCAAUGUAAAACUAAUUCCAAUUCCGUAUUCCCAAGCGCUUAUAAUACGACAGCGAAGUGCAUUUCAAAUUUAGACUCUAGAUGUGAAACUUUUGUGAUUUCCAAUACUAUUACUAGGAUAAUUGAAUAUUUAUUGUACACAAAAUCUCACGGCCAUACGAAUUUUGUGUAUCGCUGCAGCUAUUUAUCCAAUAUUUUACAGCGUAAAAGUCAAAAUAGUUUUAUUAUAUUUAUUUGUAAUAUUACGUUUAUUUUUUAUUUAAUUUUUAUUUUAUUUAUUGAAUUAGCGUGGAACGCUUUACAAAUAUCCUAUAAUUAUUUAGUAAUAUUUAUUGUUUUUGGUAAGCAACAACAAGAACAUAAAAUUAGUGGUAAUUUAAAAUUUUUAUGAGUUAAUAUUUUGUUUCGAGAAAUAAGUUGAUUUUACAACUGUCGAUAUUUGCUACUACUAUUUAAUAGGAAAUUAUGACAACGUCGGUACGCUGAUGGUUUUGCAUGGAGCUAGCAUUGUGAUAAAUGCAUAAGCGAAAAAGAGCAAACCAUCCGCAACAAAACUAUAUGUAUGUACAAGUAUAUGUAAAGCUCGAGUCUGCUAAACGAAAUUUAUAAAUUUAUUUCAUACGCCUGCGGUGCCUAAGUUCAAUUAAAUUCCGGCUCUUAAGUGCAAUAGCGUGCUGCUAUUGUGUAUAAGUUACAAAAUAUAUGAUUUAAUUAAAAAUGGUAAAAAAAAAAACAAAUUAUAACAUAUAAGUAUUUAUUAACAAUUUAUUGUUAGCAGUUCACGAAUUUCGAAUUAACUUUUCGCUAGUUAUUGUCUGAAGCCAACAAUUAAUUUCUUUUGCUUUGCACUAAUCGGUUGAAGCAGCACUUACAUACAUAUGUAGAUAGAAAAUACGACCGAUAGACAUGUCUUUAAGACGCACGAGCUCAAAUAGACUUAUGAAUUUACCUAUAGCUAUGUUUAUAAUGCAAAUAUAGUAAUUUUUCAAGAUGAUGUUUUAUACUGUA